CACUUCGUUGAGCAUCUAGAAGUGCUGUCAAUUUUUCAUUUACCUCCUUCGGAUGGAUAAUUUUUCGCAAACGUCGGAAUUUGGUAUAAAAUAAAUUAAACAUAAAUUUAUUUAAUGCAACCUUCAACGCACGGAAAUUAAGCAACUUGAAAACAAAAUUUCCAUUUUAUUUUGUGAUAUGUCUGUGCAUUAUAAGUUUAAAAGCUCCUUGGACUUCGAUACAAUUACUUUUGAUGGACUUCACAUAUCAGUAAACGAUUUCCGAAAAGCGGUCGUUCAGCAAAAACGUCUUGGAAAAACAAAUGAUUUUGAAUUGCAAAUCACAAAUGCUCAGACAAAAGAAGAAUAUCAAAAUGACAAUGAUCUUAUACCAAAAAACACAUCUUUAAUUAUAUCGAGAAUUCCUCAGAUCUCAAAAAAAUCAAGAGAUACUUCUUCGUCAUCACAACCACAAAAUACUCCAGUUGUAAGCCAUGUCCCGAAAUUUGACAGCAAUACCUUAGAUCUCUCGCAAAUGAAUGCAAGCGAAGAAGAUAAAAUACAAGCUAUGAUGGCGCAAAGUACUGUCGAUUAUGAUCCCAGAGGGUAUCAAAAAAUACGCGGUCCAGGCCAAACGGGGGAAGUGCCUCCAACAUAUCGCUGUUAUAAAUGCCAUCAAAAUGGACAUUGGAUAAAGAAUUGUCCUUUGCCACAUUCCAGUGCAAAAAAAUCUGAGAUACGUCGAAAUACAGGAAUACCAAAAUCUUUUCUUCAUGAGAAAGGCGCCGAGAACGAAGCAAUAGCUGAAGAAAUUGUUGUUCCCGAAAAACAACCAGAAGUACCAGAUGAAUUGUUGUGCAGCAUUUGUAAGGACAUUUUUCGUGAUGCUGUUAUGAUACCAUGUUGUGGUAGCUCAUUUUGCGAUGAUUGUGUUCGCACUGCUUUGUUAGAAUCAGAAGAAAAUGAAUGCCCAGAUUGUAAGGAAAAAGGAACAUCCCCUGGUUCAUUGAUUCCAAAUAGAUUUUUACGUAGCUCAGUUAAUACAUUUAAAAAUGAAACUGGUUAUGAAAGAAGAAGGAAGAAUAAUGGAGUUCAUGAGGGCGUUUCUAAUCCUGUUGAAACAAAGGAAGAACCAACACCAAAUGAAAAUGAAAAUGAAAUUGAAAAAAAGCCAGAAAUUGUUGUGGAAGAAACCGAUAAUAUUAGCUCAAAUGAAGACGAUAUGGAAAAACGUGAAGAUGACAACUUAACUCCACCAAAACCAUCCCCAGAGAGAGAAGAAUCUUUAUCUCCGAAAAAAGAGGAAACUAGACGAUUACACUCAGAAGAAAAAGAAGAAGAAAAUCGUAUAGAACCUACGAUUGAACCAAUGUCUCCUAAAAUGCGUGUUGAAGUUGUUCAAACACAACAUGAAAUUUUACCAAACUCGGACCCCCAUCAAUUAGAAGAAGAACUAUUCAAACAACACCAAUCCUCAUAUUCUAAUUAUGGACAGCCGGUUCCAGAUUUGCCACACAGAUCAAAUACAUCUGAUCAAUAUCCCGUUAGGUCAGAUUCAUAUAUGCGACACACAAAGCAUAACCCAGGAAUUGUACAACCAAAUAUGGGAUAUUGCAAUAACUAUGGCAAUCGAACUGAAAGGUAUUACUAUCCCAGAGAUUCCUAUAACAUAAAUGCGGCUCCGUAUCCGUACGUGCAAAAUCCUAGAUGUCGUCAGAUGGCGCCUCAUACUAAUAUUCAACCGUAUUAUCAAGGAAUGUCAGGACCAAUUCCAACAGGUAUCAUCGAAGAUCCAUUGGAGGCUUUUAAUAGGAUAAUGAAAGAAAAAGAAAAACGGAAGGAAAUGAAACGUUUAGCUGCUGAACGUGCUGAACGGCAUAGGCCGCAAACAAUGAACAAACGAGGCCCAAGAGAUCCUUCUCCGCUGGCCGAGAAGAGGAUAAGACACAGGGCUUCGCCUGUCAAUGAAAGACGAAACCGUUCCCCUCUGCGUCAAGAAAAACCGUCUAGCCACAGAAAUAUUGAAAGAGAAAAGCCUAUUAGAAGUCAUCGGAAUCAUUAUCCAGGCAAUCAUAGAUCCUUUUCACGAUCAAACUCACCUCCGCAGAGAAGAUUUUCAAAAUCGCCCAUCCGAAGACGUUCUAGAACCAGGUCUCCUCAUCCAAGGUCUCAUUCAAGAGAAAUGGAACCUCUCCGUCAUGAUAACAGACAUCCGAGGAACGUUCUACAACAGAGUCAUAGAAUUGACCAUGAAAAAGAUAUGAUGCGUUACAAUAAAAGGCCUCAACAAGGUCAAGGUCGAUUUAGUGAAACAAGGAGUCUAUCUGAAAUCGGUCCAAAAGAAAACAGAAGACACAAUUCUAAAACGCGUGAAAAUGGCAACCAAAUGUUUGAUAACUAUGGGCCAUCAUCAUCCAGUUCCCGAAAAAUGUUUUUUGAGACUGAAAUACCAGAAAACAGAGAAGUCCAGCAGUAUGAGUUUCAUAAUGAGAGAAGGAGUAAAGUUUCUAUGAGUAAAUUCGAAGAUGGUCCGCGAUCUGAGAGAACUGACAAAAGAAGUCGAGAAAAUCAUGAUGAACGAAGACAUAUUGUGCAGUCGCCGGAUGAAGAACCUCCAAAACAAGAAUCAGAUAAGAAAAGCAAAGAGCGAAAAAAGAAAAAGGAAAAAGAUGAAAAGUCAGAUAAGAAGUCCAAAAAGGAUAAGAAGGAGAAGCGAAAGCGUCAUAAGGAUGAAACAAAAAAACACACGGAACACAAGAAAUCACGACGAGAUACCGAUUCCAAUGCUAAUGCGAAUGAAAAGGGCAGUGAUGAAGGAAGAAGUCGCCCUACCAAGAAAGAUAAUUCCAAAGGUUCCAAUGAUGAAUCGUUUGACGACAAAGCUGAAACGUUUACUCCUGACAUAAACAUAAAUCGCAACUUGCAAGAUGACCAAAUCGUAGAAGAUGUACAGAUCACUAUAAGGAAGGAGAUAAAAAAUCCGUUUAAAACGCAAAAAUCUCCGCCUGUAUAUAGAACUGCUGAUAGGUGCAAGCAAAUUAUGGACAACAAUGGUUCAGGGCUCAACACCCCGACAUCGUUCAUCGAUACCACUCCAGAAAACUAUGCUGGAAAAUGGGAUAACUUUGACUUUUCCAUGCCAAAUAGUGAAGAUGUUAGAGGAGAUAAUGAUCGCGAUUGUGAAUAUAAUUCGCAUAUGUUCCAAAAUAGUUCGCCUUCGUUGAGAAACGAACAAUUUGAAGAGAAUAGACAUGUAAGUAGAAAGAAAGACUCGCGCUCCCGCUCACACCAACGCGAGGAGAGAAAACAUAAAAAUGAAGAAGCAGUCAAGGAAAACAGGUCUGAUUUAGCAGCCGCCGCUGCAAAAUCAACAUCCAGGAGGCCAUCGCCAACACCUAGCGAAGCAGCAUCUUCAUCUUCGAGUAAGACACCACAGAGUAAGAAGCGAAGGAAGAAAAGUAAACACAAAAAAGAAAAGUCCUCCAAGCGGUCCUCAUCUGCCGAGUCAUCAAGAAAAAGUUCAAGUAAACACAAGAAAAGUAGGACCGACAAGAAGAAAAAAUCAAAACGGAAUGAGUCACGCUGAAUAAGGUGUAUUUAUUUUUUAUUUAACAAUGAAUAAGUAUAUAUACAUGUAAACUGUAUGACAAUUUAGAAUUACCUAUUAAAUUGUUGUAUUUAUAUAUAUAUUAUGAUAAGCUUGCAUUUUGCAAAAUUUAUUAUAAAAAAAAAUCUGUCGUAAAUAAAUCUGGAGCUAGUGGCUUUUCAACAACUUAUAUAAAUGAA